AUGGGGCCUUCUUCUUCUUCUUCUUCUUCUUCUUCCUCAGUUUUCUUUUUCCUUCUGUUAGUCUCACUUGCAGCAACCUUCACCUUCGCUUCUGGUGAAGUGAUUUUCAAGGAUGGCUUGAAAAACUCCAUUCAACUCAGACUCCCCAGCGCUUCAGGUCCUGAAAGCUUCGCCUUUGACUGUAUCGGAGAGGGGCCAUAUACUGGUAUAUCAGAUGGUAGAAUUCUCAAAUGGCAAGGAACUCAGAAAGGAUGGGUUGAGUUUGCUGUCACCUCACCAAACAGGGAUAGGAAACUAUGUGAUGGAUCCACAGAUCCAAACAAGGAGGCUACUUGUGGGAGCCCAUUAGGACUCAAAUUUGACAGGAAAACAUGUAAUCUUUAUAUAGCAGAUGCGUACUUUGGGCUACUAAUGGUCGCGCCUAGUGGUGGUGUGGCCAAACAACUAGCCAUUUCUGCUUACGAUGGCGAUGCUCCUUUCAAAUUCCUUAACGGCUUAGAUGUUGAUAGCCUAACAGGCGUGGUUUAUUUCUCAGAAAGCAGCACCGUUUACCAAAGAAGGGAAGUUGAGAUGAUAUUCCAAAAAGGAGAUAAAACAGGAAGAUUGCUGAAAUAUGAUCCGAAAACUAAGAAAGUAGAGAUCUUGCUGAAAGGCUUGGCAUUUGCAAAUGGUGUGGCUUUGAACAAGGAUGGCUCAUUCCUUCUGGUAGCAGAAACAAGUUCAAGAAAGAUUACAAAGUUCUGGCUCAAAGGCUCCAAGAAUUACACCUCAGAACUCUUUACACAACUUGAAAGGCCACCAGAUAACAUCAAGAGAAAGAAAAAUGGGGAUUUCUGGGUGGGUCUGAACAGUAACAGAACAUCAUCGGAAAAUGCUAAUACUAAUGAGAGUUUAGGGGAUGACCCUGUGGGAGUGAAGUUUGAUGAGAAGGCUAAGACUUUGGAGGUUUUGGAUGGAAGAGGAGGUCCAGAGCUUGAGUCUGUGAGCGAAGUGAAAGAACAUUAUGGGAAAUUGUGGAUUGGGUCGGCUACCAAACCUUACGCUGUUGUAGUUAAGGUAUAGCUUUAAAUCAGGAAUCAUACUUCUGGACUUGUGCUUUGAAUGUAAUAAAUGUUCAUCUUGAACUUGCUUUUAUAGAUGUUUUCUAAUAAUCAUUUCGAUUAUUGUAAUUGAGUUAUAGACUAGGAAUGAAAAUAAGAAUAUACAUAUAUCUAUGUUCAAGGUCAUCGA